GUUAGCUGCAUCUCAAUAAAGUUUUUGCCCUUUGAAACAUCAUGGCGGCUUGCACGAUACGCGCUGCUGUUAGACAUUCAAUAACAAUUCUAACGAAGGAUGCAGUUAUUGCAAGAAGAAGCACGUGCCAGGUGCCGGCCAGGUGCGCGGGGACGGGUCACAGCUCCUCGCGCGACUCUCCCCCCGCUGACGCCGUCGCACGCUACGAUCGCCUCGUCCGGCGCGGCUCCCUCAGGGAGGACGCUCAGCAGAGGCGCGCGCUCCCGCAGCUGGCUCGGCUGCAGCGCGUCCUCCGAAGCUACGACCACCGCGUCUACGUUAACCGGCUGAAGGGAGAUGAGCGCGUGACCAGCCAGCAUCAAAACCCGCAAGACCCCUGUGUAACAGCUGCUAAGGUACUGAUCAUGGAUAAUAGGGAGACGAGGGAAGAACCCACCCCACCAUUACCUCCACCACCUAAAGGCUUCUACAUCCACGGAAAUGUUGGAACAGGGAAGACCAUGCUCAUGGAUUUGUUCUAUUCCUGUGUGGAAAACACUCCUAAACAGAGGGUCCACUUUAACGCCUUCAUGUUGGACAUCCACAAAAGGAUCCAUCGGAGGAAACAAAGCCUGCCAAAACGAAGGCUAGGGAAAAUGCUCAUCUAUGACCCCAUAUCACCAGUUGCCAUGGAGAUAAGCGAAGAAACAUGCCUUUUGUGUUUUGAUGAAUUUCAGGUGACAGAUGUUGCUGACGCCAUGAUCCUGAAGCAGCUGUUUCAGACGCUGUUCGAGGCCGGAGUGGUGGUCGUGGCCACGUCCAACCGACGCCCUGACGAUCUGUACAAAAACGGACUUCAGAGGGACACCUUCCUACCUUUCAUCGCCGUGCUGAAGGAGCACUGCUGCGCCGUGUGCCUGGACGCCGGCGUGGACCACCGGAGGCUGGACGCGGCCGCCGCUGCCGCCGCGGGCAGACUCUACUACCUCACCAGGGAGCCUGGUGUGGAAGCCUUCUUGGAUGAGCUGUUUGAGGAGCUGGCAGUAAGACAAAAGAGCGCGACGGGUCCUCGACUCCUCACGGUGCUGGGCAGAGAUGUGCCGCUGAGCAAGACCUGUGGUUCCGUGGCCGACUGUACUUUUGACGAGCUCUGCGGCACCCCCCUGGGUGCCGGCGACUACCUGGAGAUGGCGCGGCUCUUUGAUACCGUGUUCAUCCGCCACGUUCCCGCGCUGACGCGGAGUCUGAGGGACCAGGCGAGGCGCUUCACCACCCUCAUAGACAACUUUUAUGACAACAAGGUGAGAGUGGUGCUGCUGGCAGAGGCUCCAUUAGACCGUCUGUUUGUCCAGUCUGGAGGAGAAGACGAGAGGGACCGGCAGCUGCUGGAUGACCUGGGCCUCAGCGAGGAGGCGGCGGAGCACCUGACUCUAUUCACAGCGGAGGAGGAGGCCUUCGCCUUCCAGAGGACCAUCUCCAGGCUGAUGGAGAUGCAGACAGAGUCGUACUGGACGGCUGGAGACCGCAGUCACAGCAGGGAGCAUAUGAACGCGUAGCGUCCACAUGACUGCUGGGAGAAUCAUAUACCUCCAGACAACUCAGACACUGCAGUAGCAGGAGGAGCAAACUUACUUAGUGAAUAAGGAGCACUUCACUAUGACUUGUCUUCAUCUCGUGCGUGUACUUUCUGUUCUCUGAGGUGUACUCACUCCCUCUUGUGGGCUGCUUAUUAUAUUCUGUGAAACUGUAGCAGGUGCUUAUUUUAAGCGGGCAACCUGUCCCUAAAGGUAGCUGGCUACCGCCCCCUAGUGGCGCAGGGUCGAACGUUCGAAAACUGUUUUUAUAAAACAGUAUCAACCACAUAGAAAACGUGGCAAAAUAUUCAAUAUGGUAUAUUUAAAUGACAUUAGUAUUCUAUAAUUAACGUAUAUCUCCAUGUUCUUAAGCUGUGAUAGUUAAUAAAUUAUCUUCUUAAAUUAUUAAAUUAUCUUAAAUUAUCUUCCUAUCACAAUCCUGACAUACACAACUGUAAGCUGCAGACUGCAGUAAAGGUUCCCAACAAAGCUCAGCCCAUAGUGUAAAGAGGAUCGAAGCAGUUGAACUCCCCCAUGUUGGCCUGUAGGUGGCACCACAGGUCAAGUAAUGGCUACGAGUUGGGUUUACUGCGUAUGUCUGUGGAUGAGGUCAUCCCAGUGCACCACUCCAGCCUGGACCGGCCGGGCCUGACAGCAGGCAGCACCUACAGUAUCCAACCCAAGACCAUUAUAUAAGACUGUUUAUGCCAAGCAGCCGGUAUCAUGGAACAAGCACAAAAUCCCCAGACUAAAUGUAUAAUCCCAUUAGACUGAAGGGACAGUAAAUGGAUUUCUGCGUGUGUCUCGGUGCUUGCAUGGAUACAUACGCAUGAUUUAGAUCAUUAAAAAGUGCUUGAGUUAGUGGCCAGGCACUGAAUCUGUCCUACUAUAACUCUCAAUUAAGGGGAAAUCAAUCACACCCUAUGCUCAGUCUAAUCCAAUCAGAGCAUUAUGCUGUUUGGGGGAAACAUCAGACACAAACAAAGAUGGCAGCAGCGCUUUGUGAUCAUCUUAAUUGGAUAAUUCACGCCGGCUUAAAUUAGAAGGGCCACGUAGGCUCCAUCGUCUCUGGACCACAUCUUCAGAGCCGCACGCGGGUGGAGGCAAGGUGGAGCCCCGACUAACCUUUAUGCGCCUGCAGCUUACGUGGAGAAGAAAAGCUCUAAGAAUACAACUGGAUUGGGUUUGAGUGGCUCGCUAAAGUUCCUGAAUGUGUCCUUAUGCAACAGUAUUAUGGCCUUCAGAGGGGGAAUGCAGGGUGAGGCGGGCUUAUCUUGUUGCAGAGUAAACUGGACAAAUGCCGGAGAUACAGUACUGCAGCCGGGUGUUUGAGCAGCAUGUUUGGCUCCACGCAACAAAGGAAUGAGUUCAAUCAAACGCAAUUGGACCUAUUUAGAGUGCAUUUCUGAGCAAGUGUAAAAUGAAAUUACUCAGAAAAACGUGACGCCCUCAAUGCACGAGAGCGUUAAAUAAACGAGGCUGCGAUGCAUCCCUGCCCGGCUCCGACGUCUCCGCCGCCUCUGUGCGCAUCCAGCGAGCGGUUAACUCUCCGCAGGAGCCAAACUGCUGCAUCAGGUAUUCCCUUUGAUGUGGAGGGAACAAAAACCAUCAAACAAUGUGUGUACGUGUGCAGCGACGAGCCGCCUCUAAUCCUGUCCAGACUCCAGGCUGCUGUGGCAAACCAGGACGUCAGUGAGCACUGUUUAACAGCCUUUAUCCUUUUAAAGCCAGUCUCUCAUCAUAGGUCCAUGUUCAGAGCCAUAUAUAAAAAUUGGUGAAGAAUUUACAAGUAAAAAAUUAAAAAAGAAUUUAAAAAUAAUUACAAACUAUAUGAAACCCUACAAUGUUGCUAUAAAUAUUGUAUGGUACCCAAGCACAAAUAAUAUAAGUGGUGUGUUGGUGAGCUAAACGCGCAUUCCUGCACAGAAACCGCGGGCACGCGCCUCUGUCCGCGAGGGCAGCGCUCGAUGAAACAAAGAAGUCGGCGGACGGGGCUGUUUUGAUCCCGUCAAGGUGGAGAAGGAGCCGGAGGAGGAGGGGUUGGACCUAGAGCAUCGCUUUACAGGAUGGAGGUCCAGCUAGGAUUUCUCUCCUCGUCUCCGGCUAAUAAACAGGGUGACGUCAACCUGCUUUCCAGGGGGCGUGGCUUGAGCGCCGUGGCAGGUGUGAUUGACAGCUGGCUAAGUAAUUAAAGGCGCAUUCAGAGUGCGGAUCAUGACUUUUAUUAAGAAGCGCCAUUCAAUCAGAAGGAAGAAGCUGUAAUAUUAAUAUUCAUAUAACAGUGUGAUUAUCAUAUUAUCAGUUGAAGUGUUUAAAAAGUUUUAAAUUAAUUUUCAUGUUUUUAAGCUUCAGGUUCUCAUAACAUGUUGAGCGACAAUAAACGAAGCAACUUGAUUGACACCAUU